ACUUGCCCCUUAUUAUUUUCCCCUUCAACUGAGUUUCAGAGUGACCAUUCUUCCCCCAUCUUCACAAUCACCACCACUAAUCACAUAUAUCUCCGCCUCAUUUCCCUAGAUUUACAAUCGUACGGUCAAUCUCGCUCUAAUCAUGACUCUGAUGACUCAUCAGCCGUUGGAUCAAGAUGAUGAGGAGAUGCUGGUGCCGAGUUCGGGGCUAGUUGAAGUUCAGAGCCUAGAAGGGCCUCAGCUUUUGGAAAGUCCUCAGCCUAUGGAAGUGGUAGGGCAAACAGAAGGUACUAAUGCAGCAGAGAAUCAAGUGGUUGAGGAGCCGCCGCAGGCUUCUAGGUUUACAUGGACUGUCGAUAACUUUUCAAGGCUGAAUGUUAAGAAACAGUAUUCCGACACUUUUGUUGUUGGUAGCUAUAAAUGGCGUGUACUUAUCUUUCCCAAGGGAAAUAAUGUGGACCACUUGUCAAUGUACUUAGAUGUGGCAGAUUCAGGAUCUUUGCCUUAUGGGUGGAGCAGAUAUGCACAGUUCAGCUUGGCUGUGAUUAAUCAAAUUCAGCCAAAGUUCACGGUGAAAAAGGAUACACAGCAUCAAUUCCAUGCCAGGGAAAGUGAUUGGGGUUUCACAUCAUUCAUGCCGCUUAGCGACCUAUAUGACCCUAAUAAAGGUUUUCUUUUGAAUGAUACUUGCAUCAUUGAAGCUGAUGUUGCUGUGCGUAAGGUCACAGACUUUUGGACGUAUGAUUCAAAGAAGGAAACAGGUUACGUUGGCCUUAAAAAUCAAGGAGCAACUUGUUACAUGAAUUCGCUCCUACAAUUUUUAUUCCAUAUACCAUACUUCAGGAAGGCGGUUUAUCAUAUGCCAACAACUGAGAGUGACAUGCCUUCUGGAAGCAUUCCUCUGGCUCUUCAGAGUUUGUUUUAUAAGCUUCAGUUUAAUGAGACCAGUGUUUCUACGAAAGAAUUAACAAAGUCUUUUGGUUGGGAUACAUAUGAUUCUUUCUUGCAGCAUGAUGUUCAAGAACUUAAUAGAGUCUUGAGUGAAAAGCUUGAAGACAAAAUGAAGGGAACGGUUGUAGAAGGGACAAUACAGAAACUUUUCGAAGGGCACCACAUGAAUUAUAUCGAGUGCAUUAACGUGAACUUUAAGUCCACCAGGAAAGAAUCUUUUUAUGAUCUACAACUUGAUGUGAAGGGAUGUGCGGAUAUAUAUGCUUCUUUUGACAAAUAUGUGGAGGUUGAACGUCUUGAGGGCGAUAACAAGUAUCAUGCUGAAGAACAUGGUUUACAGGAUGCUAAGAAAGGCGUUUUAUUCAUCGACUUUCCUCCGGUUCUUCAAUUGCAGUUAAAGCGGUUUGAAUAUGAUUUUAUGCGAGAUACUAUGGUUAAGAUUAAUGACAGAUAUGAAUUCCCGUUGGAACUUGAUCUAGAUCGGGAAAAUGGUAAAUAUUUGUCACCCGAUGCAGAUAGAAGUGUUCGCAAUCUUUACACUCUUCAUAGUGUUUUGGUCCAUAGUGGUGGGGUGCAUGGAGGGCACUAUUAUGCAUUUAUCAGACCAACCCUCUCUGAACAAUGGUACAAAUUUGAAGAUGAGCGUGUCACGAAAGAGGAUAUGAAGAAAGCCUUAGAGGAGCAAUAUGGUGGCGAGGAAGAGUUGCCUCCGACCAGUCCCGGUUACAAUAAUGCUCCAUUUAAGUUUACAAAGUAUUCGAACGCAUACAUGCUUGUUUAUGUGCGUGAAAGUGACAAGGAGAAGGUAUUUUGUGACGUUGAUGAGAAGGACAUCGCCGAGCACCUCAGGAUAAGGCUGAAAAAAGAAAGAGAAGAAAAGGAGGAUAAAAGAAAAUAUAAAGCACAAGCACAUCUUUAUACUAUUAUCAAGGUUGCUCAUGAUGAUGAUUUGAGGGAGCAGAUCGGCAAGGAUAUCUAUUUUGAUCUUGUUGAUCAUGACAGGGUUCAUAAUUUUCGUAUUCAAAAGCAGAUGUCUUUUGUCCAAUUUAAGGAAGAGGUUGCCAAAGAAUUUGGUAUACCAGUUCAGUGUCAACGUUUCUGGUACUGGGCAAAGAGGCAAAAUCACACAUACCGCCCAAAUCGACCUUUGACACCUCAGGAGGAAUUGCAGUCGGUUGGACAGUUGAGGGAACAAUCUAAUAAGUUGCACAAUGCAGAGCUGAAGUUGUUUUUGGAAGUCGAACGAGGACAGGACCUGUGCCCUCUACCACCACCUGACAAGACUAAGGAUGAUAUACUUCUGUUCUUCAAGCUUUAUGAUCCUAAGAGAGAAGAGCUUAGAUAUGUUGGUCGGCUUUAUGUGAAGAGUACAGGGAAGCCAGUUGAAAUCCUGAAACGAUUGAAUGAAUUAGCAGGUUUUGAUCCCGAUGAAGAAAUUGAACUAUACGAGGAAGUUAAAUUCGAACCUUGUGUUAUGUGUGACCGCCUUGACAUGAGAGCUUCAUUUCGAAUGAGCCAGAUUGAAGAUGGAGAUAUUAUUUGCUUUCAGAAGAUCGCUAAUCUUCAGAGUGAAGAAGAAUACAGAUACCCUGAUGUUCCUUCUUUUCUGGAAUAUGUGAAGAAUCGACAGAUUGUUCAUAUUCGAUCUCUCGAGAGACCUAAGGAGGAUGAUUUCUCUUUAGAAUUGUCCAAGUUGCAUACUUAUGAUGAUGUGGUUGAAAGAGUGGCACAAAAACUUGGUGUUGAGGAUCCUUCGAAAAUCAGGCUCACUCCUCACAACUGCUACUCUCAGCAACCUAAACCCCAUCCUAUUAAAUAUCGAGCAGCAGAGCAUUUAUUAGACAUGCUGGUUCACUACAAUCAGAUAUCUGAUAUUUUGUAUUAUGAAGUGCUGGAUAUUCCUUUGCCAGAGCUACAGUGUCUAAAGACUCUUAAAGUUGCUUUUUAUCGUGCAUCUGAGAAUGAGGUGUGCCUUAAACAGCCUGAUAUCCACAACAUUCGACUGCCUAAACAGAGCACAGUUGAAGAUGUGCUGAACGAAAUCAAGACUAGGGCGGAGCUGUCUCAUCCCAGUGCAGAACUCAGACUACUUGAGGUGUUCUACCACAAGAUCUACAAGAUCUUUCCUCUAAAUGAGAAAAUUGAAAAUAUCAAUGAUCAGUACUGGACAUUGCGAGCAGAAGAGAUUCCAGAAGAAGAGAAAAACAUUGGACCACAUGAUCGUUUAAUUCAUGUUUAUCACUUCACUAAAGAUACUGCAGCCCAGAACCAAAUGCAAAUUCAAAACUUUGGGGAGCCAUUUUUCUUGGUCAUCCAUGAAGGUGAAACUUUGUCAGAAGUCAAGGUGCGGGUUCAAAAGAAAUUGCAAAUUUCAGACGAGGAGUUCUCGAAGUGGAGAUUUGCGUUCUUAUCUUUGGGUAGGCCAGAGUAUCUGCUAGACUCAGACAUUGUAUCUAGCCGUUUCCAGAAAAAGGAUGUGUACGGUGCUUGGGAGCAAUACCUGGGGCUGGAGCAUUCUGAUAAUACUCCAAAAAGGCCUUUUACUGCAAAUCAGAAUCGUCAUACAUAUGAGAAGGCGAUCAAGAUAUACAAUUAGAUUCAGAUAUCAACACCAAGAGAGCAUUUGCGUUUAACUCAGCUACAGGAGUCUCGGGCUCUGUUUAAAAAAAGAGUUAGGAAGAUAUUAGUUCAUGAGGUUGGAGAACUUGACAUAAGUGUUGUACUUUGAUUUUUCCUAUAUAGAUAUUGGUGAUGGUUACCCUUUUAGGCAAUUAUCUUGAUGACUUGGGUUGGGCGGGAGAGUUUCAUUCUGAUAGAUCCUGCUUUCUUGUUACAGAGCCUUUCAGGCUCUCUUCCUUCCUUGUCUUUUCCCUAAUAUAUGGGUAAUAUGUUUAGUCUGGGAGUUGGAGUUGGGGCCUUUGAAAUGUGCUUCCUGUGUAGUUUAGCCAGUACAUAAAAGAUUUUGAUUGAGAGGGUGUAAACUUGGUAUAGUUGGUUGCUUUUUUUUUUUUUCCCUUGCCCUCUUAUGUGACAUCUGAAAGCCUCAUCACUUAUGGUUGGCUGAACUGUACAUGCUGAGCUCAUUAGUAUGUGUAAAAAGAUGGUAAGCUUGUAAUCAUAAUUACUGUAAAUGUGUUUAGCUUUCAUCGUCA